UCACCAACCUCCAAAUAUGUAUUUUAAUUUUCCCUGGAAUGUUUAAAGACCAUAAUGCAGUGUAAAAUACUUUGUAUUCCUCACCACAAGAGGAUUUGUACUUAGGAUCACGUAAGUAGUCAGAAUUAAGAACCCGAUAUCCACUCUUAACAGAGUAUUCCCCGGAACCCUCAUGCUUCCAAACCAACCGAUCCUCCUGACCGCAUUCGGAGACGGGGAUAGUGAAGAUACGAUCCGCUGUACUCUCAUCCACCAGGUCAUAAACCAGCUCCCUAUCCCAGGUAACCAGGGAUCAUUCCAGAUAUUGAUGCAAUCACCCUUUCCAACCCGCCACAACAUCCCUUCCCUGACUACCUCACGAACAUUACAGAGACUCCUCCAGGUAAACGAGGGAACCUUUCCACUACGAAGAGUUAUUGCACUUGCAUUCUGCCUAGAAUUCGACUCUGUCUGGGAAGCAUCGACGACAAGUCUUUCCACAACAGUUUCUAGAGAUGUGCUCGGCUUGGGUUGUUAUUGUGGUGGUUGCAAAGGUCUCGGUUGGUAUGAUGGAUUAUAUCGAGGAUUAGCUUUGUAAUUUAAGUUGGGAUGAUCCUUCCACUCGGGAUUGUAAGUGUUAGAGAAAGGAUCAUAGCAUCUUUGCAGAGGUCUCAAAAAACCUCCGACAGCAUCAACACUUGCCAUUGAAUUGUCGUUAAGGGUUGGGCACAAAUCCGUCGGAUGUUCAGACGUAGUAUAAAUUCCACACAGUUGAGUCAAAAUUUUCUUUUCUGUAAGCAAAGAUUGAACAAUAUUGGUAAGCUUAUCCAAUUUAUCUUCUAAAGAUGAAACGUUUACCCCAUUAA